CUCCAAGCAAAUACAAGAUCUCAUGUUAGCGGAAUACUGAACGUGCGCUGUACCGGGCGAUUUUUGUCCACUUUGGAACAAAUUUGACUUGUAUACUGUUGAUUCAAUCGGACAUCGCUCCGAUUUCGGACCAUACCUUUGAAUUGGACUGUGUGUGUCAUACGAUUUGAGGAUGUACCGUUCGCCCUUCACCCUCGCUGCGGCGUUCCCUAGCGCUAUCACUGAUACUACCUCCAACAUUUCACAGCACACUCAAGCGAGAAUGACUCCCUCGGGUCCAGUGUGUGAGAAUGGCCGUCCCUUCGUCACCGAUCCCUGUACAGGUCAAGCUGUUUGUCUCUGCCAAAUUGGCACCGAGGGUCUCUCCUACCAUGGCAGCCUUGGAUCUCCAGACGGUCUCCGUGCCCUAGGCCAUUCCCCGGGGUCAGGCGAACCCUCAGCAUUCAGAUCCCCCUUGACAUGUGCUACCGGACUCAGACCCGACAGAGAAUCCUGGAAGGCGAUCGCCCCUACCCUCGCCCACCACUACGACCCUUCCCUUGCUCUUCACCCCUACAGCACUUUUUACGCAGGCUUGGACCUGAAUAGCGCCGCACGAAGGAAGGCAGCGACUCGCGAAACGACAAGUCCACUUAAAGCUUGGCUGAACGAACACAGGAAAAAUCCCUAUCCCACCAAGGCGGAGAAAAUCAUGCUGGCUAUCAUCACGAAAAUGACAAUGACACAAGUAUCCACAUGGUUUGCUAACGCUAGACGACGCCUUAAGAAGGAGAACAAGAUGUGUUGGGACGGCACUGACCGAGACGACGAUGAGGAUGACAAAGAUGAUCUCAACGAAAAAGAUUCACAAGCUGAUAAAUCAGAAACCGAAGCCAGUGCUCCAUCGGUGAAGUCCGAAGAUGAAGAUAGUGAAGUACAGUUGUCCGAUAUCUCUGAUGCUGAAGACAACGCACACGUUUCAGCACGGCUCCAGCCCGACCCACGUGCAAUGCACACCACCGUAAACCACGACACGCACGUGCCAAAGGACUACAGCCUCCCCAACCCCCCGGUUCUACGUGACAACCAAUCGGCAAACAUCUGUGUUCAAAAUCGCACCAGCAGUGCUCCCAAACCUAAAAUCUGGUCAAUCUCCCAUAUUCUUGAGCCAAAGGAAACAUCGUCUCAGAGCGACAGUGAUACCGCUGAAAACUCGCACGAACACUCCACAUCUCGUGUUGAUGUGACGUCAUCACGACUAGGUAAUCACGAACUGUCUUCAAAUCUGUUGAGCGAGCAGUCAAGUAGCAAGUCAGUUGUGUUCCCCACAUCAACGGGGUCGCCAAGGUACCAGUUCUACGAGAGCGCUCCUGAAAAGACCCCUUCCCCCCAGAAGCAGAGUCCAAACGGUCAACACCCCCGACCACCGUUGGACACCCCGCCAGAUACACCACCCUUUGAUAACCACCAACAAACUGUUGCAUAUUUCAAAGAACAAAGGAGCUACGAAUACGAGGCUCUGAACCUUAAAACAGAGAGGAGACAAGAAUCUCCCAGAACAUGAAGUAACCAGCACCAGUUCUGAAAAGACAGAUUCUGUGAUAGACACUUGCUGUCUGGUGACCUCUGCCCCGGGCAUCCAAUUGCUCUGACGUCACGUGACGACGCAAAAGCAGCACUACCAGAUAAGGGUCAACCGCUUCACGACUUCUGCUUACGCGAUACAAGGGACUUCUUUAGUGUUUAACACGUCACAUCAACUGUGACGUCAUGUAACGAGAAGUUAACGGUGCUUCAGGCGAGAUCGAGAAAAAAGGGGCGAUAACCUUAACCAGAAAAGCUGAAUUACAUCCGGGGUUUGAUUAUGAAUUGUAACCUCGACGUGCUAAGGACGUUUAAAGAAGUGUAUUGUGCAGUGUGUGUACAUGUCGCCAGUUCGAGGCAAAGCAUAAUUUGUGUUUUGUUCUUAGACAUUGGUACGAGGAUCUAAUCAAAUCCAUGUUUGCUAAAAGUGCGUUACAACCUUAAUUUAUCAGGUAUUCCGUCGUAAUUUAUUAGGACUGAUGUUAAUAUCAGUUAAUUGAUUGUUUGAUCAAUUUCAGCGCGCUGUUGUGAAACAAACAACAGGCUGUUGUUGCUAUUUGUUGACAGCGGCUAGUACUUAGCGGUGUACAUACAUAAUUUAUGUAAAUCAUUCAAUGACCAAUUGUGUUCUCAUGAGAAGCAAUAAAUAUAUUUUCAG